AGUCCGGCUGCCCCAGACACUGGUUCGGGCCCCGCCCCUUCCCCCGGCGGCGGCGGCGGCGGCAGGCGGCUGCCGCGAACCCCUCGGAGUCGUCGCGCCUAGUUCCGCGCGCCGCUGCGGCGGGCCAGCCUGGCUGCGGCGCCUCAGGAUUAAUUUAUUUUUGGAAAUCAAGUGCAAUAUUGGAAGCUAUUUCUGCUAAUUUUAUUACAUUUAACAUUUAUGAUUUGAUUUGAAUACUAUCAUGGGAGGAGCUGUGAGUGCUGGGGAAGAUAAUGAUGAUUUAAUUGAUAAUUUAAAAGAAGCUCAGUAUAUCCGCACUGAAAGAGUGGAGCAAGCCUUCAGAGCUAUUGAUCGUGGAGAUUACUAUUUGGAAGGCUACAGAGACAAUGCUUACAAAGACUUAGCCUGGAAGCACGGGAACAUCCACUUGUCAGCACCUUGCAUUUACUCUGAAGUUAUGGAAGCAUUGAAACUUAAGCCAGGAUUGUCUUUUCUUAACCUGGGAAGUGGAACCGGAUAUUUAAGUACAAUGGUGGGCUUAAUUUUAGGUCCUUUUGGAAUAAAUCAUGGAAUUGAGCUUCAUUCAGAUGUGGUGGAAUAUGCUAAGGAAAAACUGGAGAGCUUCAUCAAAAAUAGCGAUAGCUUUGAUAAAUUUGAGUUCUGUGAACCAGCGUUUGUGGUUGGUAAUUGCCUCCAGAUAGCAUCUGAUAGUCAUCAGUAUGAUCGAAUUUAUUGUGGAGCUGGCGUCCAGAAAGACCAUGAAAACUACAUGAAAAUAUUGCUGAAAGUUGGAGGCAUACUUGUCAUGCCUAUAGAGGACCAGUUAACACAGAUUAUGCGAACUGGACAAAACACUUGGGAAAGUAAAAAUAUCCUUGCUGUUUCAUUUGCUCCGCUUGUGCAACCAAGUAAGAAUGAUAAUGGAAAACCAGAUUCUGUGGGACUCCGAAUUUGUCUCAGAGGAAAUUGCCCUGCUGGGAAAAAGGGAGGAGCCCGAUCACAUUGUACCUUGCCUGCCCCCUGUGCUGUCAGGAAUCUACAGGACUUGGCUCGGAUUUACAUUCGACGCACACUUAGAAAUUUCAUCAAUGAUGAGAUGCAGGCCAGGGGGAUUCCUCAAAGGGCUCCACCCAAGAGGAAAAGAAAGAGAGUUAAACAGAGAAUUAACACAUAUGUGUUUGUGGGUAAUCAGCUGAUUCCUCAGCCUCUAGACAGUGAGGAGGAUGAAAAAAUGGAAGAAGAUAACAAAGAAGAGGAGGAGAAAGAUGCCAGUGAGGCCGUGAGGCCCGAGGAGCCUCCUCAGAAUUUACUGAGAGAGAAGAUCAUGAAGCUGCCCCUCCCUGAAUCUUUAAAAGCUUACUUGACAUAUUUUAGAGACAAAUAACUUAGAUCAAGAAGGAAGAAUGCCUACUGAUAAUUCCUUUAGUCUUGAAAAUGUAGCGUUUGUUAGGAGUUAAGAAAGAGUUAUUUCUUUGAUCAGAGUGAAUUGUAGUGGAUUCUGUCAGUAACAAAAAUGAUGUAUUCAGUGAUUAAAAAAAUUCCCUUUUAUAAAAUAUAUUUUUCUUUAAAUCUUGGGAAAAUGGUGUUUUAACUCAGUGAUUUGAAAGUAGAAUGCAGCAAAGUCAAGGCUUUGUGUACUACAAAUCGUUUUGUGAUUCCUUACAGAUUUGUAGUGGUAUGGGUUAGAUUUAAUUUUAUAUAAGAUUAAAUAAUUGUAAAGCUUAUAUAAUCUGAUCCGAGUUGCAGUUUGCAUUUCCUCUAUGAAGCUAUUAUCUAAUGAGGAUGUCAAGAGCUUUGUUAGCGCCAUUGCCUUUUGUUGCGAUUGCUAUUGCUGAGUUGCUGUAGAUAGAUUCCGGGCAAUAAUAAGUGCAAUAAUACUACAAAAUAGUGAAUAAUUUAGCUUUAAACCCUCCCACAAAUUUCAUGAGAUUUUACAGCCCUGCUACUUUUGCUUUCCAAUCUGUUGCCAAAAAAUACAGGUUAAAAAAAAAUUUGCUUCUCUCGUAGAGAUUUUAAGAGCACAGCAAGUGACUAUGACAGUACAAAGUGUAUCCUUAAUACAGCUCUUAGUCUGUGUGGCCCCUUUACAUUUUCACUUUUUAAAAAUGAGGUUACCGCUCUAUGAAAGACAGUAUAUUUAGGAUUUUUUUUCUGUAGUAGACCGUAUAAAGUAUUUGGUUUAAAAAAAUCAUUGUUGUGUGAAUGAAGGCGCAGGAGCGAUGACCACGUUCCUGGAUGGCUCUAGGCGGCGCAGGGCCGCAGCAGGGCUGGUCAGCAGGGCUGGUCAGCAGAUGCACUUUAGCAGACGGAACUUCUAGUUCAUCUGAAUCUUUGUCGUUGACAAGGCAGGGCCAUGGGAGCUUUCUAGUAUGAGAAAUACUCACAGAAACUGUAUGUAGAUGCUUUUUGUUUCGAAAGUAUGAGUCAGAAUCAUUAAGUAUACUCUUUGGGACCUAUGCCACAUUCAUUUAACUUCUUCCCAUUUUUUUUGACAUUUCUUUUGGUAAAAUUAUAAUGGUUUUCAUUUUUUGCUUAAUAUCACAUAAUCUACGAUUUGAGGUUGUUGUUGCUUAUCAGUAAUAAAACAGGUAGUAAAUGCCAUUAUUCUUUUAUUUUCCUAGUAAGGCCUGAUGGCGGUCAUUCCUUAUUAAGAAAGUGUACUAUGUAACAUAUUUACUACUUACUGUUACAUGGAUUCUGUGUGUCUUAAAGGAAAAAAUCUGAAAGUAUCUCUUACUACCCAGCAUUGCUAUUACAGUAGUUCAGAUUUUCUUAAGGAAACCCAAUCAGUGUAUUUUGAAAGGAUAUCAUUUCUCUGCUAAGCCAGAUAUAUCGUUUCAAAAAUCUCAGCUUCAACAAUUCCACAUAUUUAAAAACAAGUGUUUUAAAUAUUCUAAGCAUGAAAUUUUUCCAUGAGGAUAUUUUAGUAAUGUGAAAGAUAAUUUCAUGGAAAGUAUUUGCUUUCUACCUGUGGUGGGGGCGAGGUGUGGAAUGGGGGUAUCUCUACACCUUGUACUAAGUGUAUCUCUACAUUAUAGUAAGCUAUUAUUAUUAGGAAGUGCCCCAUGUAAUUUCUAUCUCAAAGAAAAAAAUGAGUUUCAUAUUAUUGUAAUCUGUUAGAAAUGUUCAUUUUAUUUUGAAUUCAAUGUUCGUUUUAGAAGUUGAAUCUUGAAUUUCUUAUGACCACUUGUUUUUAAGCUAUGAAACCUGGGAGGAGGUUUCAUUUUCCCCCGUCUCCCUCCUGCUUUUGUGUUGGAGCUGGUGUCCAAAUAUGUAAUGAUGCAUAUUCUUAAAUGAUGAUUUUACUAUUAAGGAGAGAGUUAAGGAUAUAUUUGAAGAUUGACUUCUUCAGAUUGUCUUUCAUUCUUUGACCUUGGCAGAGUGUACCGUAGAUUUUCAUGAUCGUUGUAUUAUUUUGUCAUUGAAAAGUAUCUUUUGUGUUUUCAAAUAUGCUCAUUUUAUAGUUGUGACUUUAUCAUUGACUUUAAGAGGUAGAAAUAAAAAAAUGAAAAUUCAAGUGAAAACCUUUUUAUCUAGUAAUGCUGAUAUAUUAGAAUAUUUUGGUUUUGUGUUUAUUUUUUAAUGAAUUCAUGUUUACUUGGGUAUGGGAAAUUAUGCUCUGUAGGUGUAGUAGUAGCAAAUGAAGAUGAAGUAAAAGUAAGUGAAAAUGAUGGGGGAAUAUAGUUGUGGAAUAGCCAGAUGAAACAAUGGUUACCGUCUAAUUUAGGCCUUUAUUUUGCAGAUGAGAAAAUAGGCCUAGAGAGGCGGCAUGUUUUGCCUAAGAUACAUAGAAUAUAAGGCCUGAAAUAGCGUUCAGCACCAGAUGACUCCCAAGAAUCUGUCAAAUCCACACUGCUUAUUGGUCAAUAUAUUCUAGUAUUAAUAAAGAAAAAUGUUAUUUAAAAUAGCAUCCAGAGUGGUUAAAAUAAAGUACAGAAUGAGUUAAGUAUUGAUUUCUAGCCAUUUGAGAUGGUAAAAGUGAAGCAAAGCCUGUUAAAUUAUUGGAAGACUUGGAAAUUAUUUUAAAUAAACAAUUACACAUAAUUAAGCA